AUGGCCGCUGCAGGCAAGAAAUCAAAGAAAAUAAAAUGGAUCAAAGCCGACGCCACAAACUUUAUUGCGGAGUCAACCAAUAUCCCAACAGCAAACAAUUGGGCGGACUCCGUAGAUGAUGAACAGAGUUUUGCAUAUUCGAGCUCGUCCCGCAACCGCGGGCCGGUUGUACUGCCGUCCGCAUCGCGCGCAGCACGUGGAGGCCUGGCUGUUGAUGAUGAGUCAAUACCGCGGCGCCCACCCUACAUCGCUCAUAUAUCAAACCUGCCCUAUGAUGUCGAAGAAAGCGCCAUCAUGGAGCUCUUUGCAGGACUCAAGAUCAAUAACUUGAGAUUGCCAAAGGAGGGAGGCCGUCUCAAAGGCUUUGGUGAUGUAGAUUUCGAAGACAGGGAGAGUCUUGUCAAUGCUAUGAACCUACCGGAUCUGAUAAUCAGCGGAAGGAGACUUAGAAUUGAGGUGUCGAACCAAGACAAUGAUCGUCGUAUGGGCAGAAAUAAAUCUGAUCGAGACAGGGAGUAUGACCCCGAGCGUACUAUGGGAGACUGGCGUUCUGGACCUCGGGCUGUACCCGAACCAGUGAGGGGCAGAGAUAGAGAUAGGGAGAGGGACAGAGAUAGGGAAAGGGAAUCAAGCGCAGAUAAUCGUCCGGGCGGCUGGCGGGAUGCUGAGCGACCGGAGCCGCCGCGGGCGCCCUACGGCGGCCGGGACUCAUAUGGACGAGACAGAGAAGGCGGUCGUGAACGCGGCUACGGUGGUCGUGAUGGAUUCCGCACAGCAGAUAGAGAUGGUUAUGGGAGUCGUGAGGGACGAGGUUUCGGCGGUCGAGGGUUCGGUGAUCGGGAUCGUGAUCGCGAUCCGCCCAGAGAAGACAAACCUCGCGAGCGUCCUAAAUUGAACCUGUUACCUCGCACGGUGCCUUUGGAAGUCGAGCCCGCGCCCGCACCACCUGCCUCAGAAGAACGUCCGACAGCCAAACCUGUGCCCGCUGAGAAAGUAUUCGGUGCCGCCAAGCCAGUCGACACGGCUGCUAAGGAACGUGAAAUAGAGGAACGUCUACGAAAACAAGAAGAGGAAGCUAGAAAAGCCGCUGAGGAAAAGGAGCGUUGGGGACGCAGAAAUGAUCAUUCUGGUGAUCGUCGAGGUGGUCCAAGGCGUGAUGAUCGCGACCGCGGCAGAGAUUCCCGCAGCUACAACCGUGACCGCGCAGACUACUCCCGUGACGAUAGGGACAGACGCGACGGUUCCAGGGACGACAGGGACAAGCGAGACUACUCCCGGGACAAUAGGGAUAGGCGGGACUACUCCAAGGAUGACCGGGACAGGCGGGACUAUUCUAAGGAUGACAGGGACAGGCGCGACUACAAUAAAGAUGACAGGGAUAGGCGCGAUUACAACAAGGACGACAAAGAAAAGCGCGAUUACAACAGGGAUGAUAGGGAAAAGCGUGAUUACAACAGGGAUGAUAGGGAAAAGCGUGAUUACAACAGGGAUGAUAGGGAAAAGCGUGAUUACAACAGGGAUGAUAGGGAAAAGCGCGAUUACAAUAGGGAUGAUAGGGAAAAGCGCGAUUACAAUAGGGAUGACAGGGAAAAGCGCGAUUACAACAGAGAUGAUAGAGAAAAGCGCGAUUACAACAGAGAUGAUAGGGAAAAGCGCGAUUACAACAGGGAAGACAGGCGACGCGACUACAACAGGGAUGAUAAUAAGGAUAGAAGAGACUACUCGGGGGAGGAUAGGGAUAGGCGGUACAGGGAUGAGGGUGACCGCAGGGAUGGAGAGCAGGACUCACGGCGGGACGGAGCCGACCGUCCGCGGCAGGAGUCGCCAGAAAGACGCGGCGACAACGACCUACGUAACGGAAGGCGUAGUCGAGAGAGAUACGAAGAGGACAGGCCGCUACCCAAGCUAAAGGAACAGGAAAAACCGAACUUUGUUGCAUCAAAUAAAUUCAGCUUCUUGGAGGACGCGGACGACGGCGGCUCCGACUAA